GAAUUUAGUAGAGAGAGACACAAAAAUACUAUUAAAUGAAGAGUUUUAUAGUAGUAUACUGACCUCUUCCAAGCUAGCCGCCUGGGAGGCUUGCCAUCUUCAAUGGAACACAGUUUUUCCUUUUAAAUACAAGAUAUCAUUAGUUGACCAGAAGAUAUCUGAAUUUAAGAGAGAGAGAGACAGAGGGAGGUUUCUGAGGAUAUGUAAUUUAGCUAUCAUAUUUUCAGGAGAGAGAAGAAGAAGAAGAAAAAUGAAGCAGAAGUUGGUAUUUGCAGUGAAUGGGGAGAAGAAAGAGCUCUCAAAUGUAGACCCUUGUACGACUUUGUUAGAUUUUCUGAGGACCCAAACACCAUACAGAGCACCCAAACUGGGGUGUGGAGAAGGUGGUUGUGGAGCUUGUCUUGUGCUCAUUUCAAAGUAUAACCCAGAAACGAGAGAUUUAGAAGAACAUUCCGUGAGCUCUUGCCUCACUCUUUUGUGCAGCCUGCACAAUUGUUCAGUCACAACAAGUGAAGGUCUCGGGAACCAGAGAGAUGGCUUCCAUUCAAUUCACCAGAGAAUUGCAGGUUUCCAUGCCUCCCAGUGUGGCUUUUGCACCCCUGGAAUGUGUAUCUCUCUCUACUCUUCUCUCUCUGAAGCUGACAAAAGCUCUAGGCCUGAACCCCCACCUGGGUUUUCUAAGCUCACAGUUUCUGAAGCUGAGAGAGCCGUAGCGGGAAACUUAUGCAGGUGCACGGGUUACAGGCCCAUUAUUGAUGCUUGUAAAAGCUUUUGCGCAGAUGUAGACAUGGAGGAUCUUGGCCUGAAUUCCUUUUGCAAAAAGGGGGAAACUCUAGACAUAAGCAAAUUACCUCCUUAUGCUCCAAAGAGUGUGUGCACCUUCCCUGAAUCUCUCAAGAAUGAAUCAGAACCAAUUGAUGAAUUUAAAGAGAGAAAAUUGAAUCUAGUGUAUAAGAGUGAAUUGGGAGAACCAGAAGAUGGGUGUUGGAUCACACCAACCAACCUUGAAGAACUCAUGGAGAUACUGAGAUCAGAAGAGAAUGGAAAUAGAGUGAAGCUUGUGGCCGGAAAUACCAGCACCGGUUAUUAUAAAAACCAAGGGAAUUAUCAGAAAUACAUUGAUAUAAGACAUAUACCUGAGCUCUCGAUGAUUAAGAGAGAGAAAGAGGGGAUAGAUAUAGGUGCAGGUGUUACCCUCUCAAAGGUUAUAGAAGUUUUGGAUGAAGAGAUCUCAUCAAGGAAUGAACCGCACUUGGUAUUCAAGAAAGUUGUGAAUCACCUGAACAUGGUGGCUUCGAAAUUUGUUCGAAAUAUGGCGAGUUUAGGAGGUAAUUUGGUUAUGGCGCAGAGGAACGAAUUCCCAUCUGAUAUAGCCACCAUUCUACUUGGUGCCUGUUCGUCAGUCAUAAUUCGGACCCCAACAGGAACUCUCUCUCUAAGCUUGGAGGAAUUCCUUGGGCAACCACCAUGUGACCCUCAGACUUUGCUAGUAAGUGUUCGAAUACCGAGCUGGAGUGGAGUCCCUCUCUCUAAGACUGAAGGUGGAAAUGAAUUGUACUCUCUCUCUCUGAAUAAUGGAACUGGUGAGGUAGAGGGAGAAUCUGAACUGCUGUUUGAGACUUACAGAGCUGCUCCUUAUCCUCUUGGUGGUGCACUGGCCUAUGUCAACGCUGCUUUUAUGGCUGAGGUCUUGGCUAAUGAAUCAACAGGAGAACUAGUUUUGGGUCAUCUUAGUUUAGCCUUUGGAGCUUAUGGGACUAAACAUGCUAUCAGAGCAAGGAAGGUAGAAGAGUAUUUGAAAGGAAAAUCAAUUACUCACUCUGUAUUAUUGGAGGCCAUCCAAAUUCUUAAAAUGACCGUGGUUCCUAGAGAAGGAACCUCAAAGCCUGAUUACAGGUCCAGUUUGGUUGUCGGGUUUCUUUUUGACUUUUUCUCCCCACUCAUUACUAGUUCAGGAAAACUCAACAAAAGCACCAUCAAUGACCUUGUUUCUGCUGCUUCUAAUCCUGAAUCUAAUAUUGACAAGAUCUCUAAUGCUUGCAAUGGCGAAAGUAGAAAAUCAACUUCGGGCAUAAGUUCAAAGCAAGUCGUGGAGAUACAUAACGACUAUCAUCCUGUCGGUUAUCCUACUAAGAAAGUUUCAGCUGAGCUUCAGGCUUCAGGUGAAGCUGUGUACACUGAUGAUAUCCCUUCCCCAAAGGACUGCCUUUAUGGGGCAUUUGUGUAUAGCAGAAAACCGUUUGCCCACAUAAAACAUAUUGAAGUUGAAUCUGCUUUAGCUUCUCCAGGAGUGGUUUCCUUUGUUUCAGCCAAGGAUAUACCAAACGGAGGACAAAAUGUAGGACUUAAAGCAAUUUUUGGAGAGGAACCUAUGUUUGCUGAUGAUCUUACCGAAUUUGCUGGCCAACCCCUCGGAGUCAUGGUAGCAGAGACUCGGAGGCUGGCAAAAGCAGCUGCUGAUCAAGUGAAGGUGUCCUAUGAUACACAAGGUCUAGAGCCACCUAUUUUAUCAGUAGAAGAGGCUAUUAAAAGAUCUAGCUUUUUUGAGAUACCUCUCCCACCACCUUUUAUUCCACAACAAGUUGGUGAUUUUUCGAAAGGGAUGGCUGAAGCAGAUCACAAGAUUCUUUCUUUCAAGGUCGAAACUGGAUCACAAUACCAUUUCUAUAUGGAAACACAGACAGCAAUGGCCGUCCCUGAUGAAGAUAAUUGCUUAACUGUUUACACGUCAUGUCAAAUGGCCGAGAGUACCCAGGUCACGAUCGCCAAAUGCCUUGGGAUUCCAGAGCAUAAUGUGCGUAUCAUUACAAGAAGAGUAGGAGGAGGGUUUGGCGGAAAGGCCACAAGGGCAAUUCCAGUUGCAGUGGCAUGCGCAGUAUCAGCAUUCAAAUUACGUCGCCCAGUUCGCAUGUAUCUCGAUCGACAAACAGAUAUGAUAAUGAUUGGGGGCCGGCACCCAAUGAAGAUGUUCUACACUGUAGGAUUCAAAGCGGAUGGGAAAAUCACAGCCGUGCAUGUGGACUGUUUCCUCGAUGCUGGAUAUUCAGUUGAUUUAAGCCCCAUCAUCCCUUACACCAUGACCUCAGCACUGAAAAAAUACAAUUAUGGGGCCCUUUCUUUCAACUUUAAGGCUUGCAAAACCAAUUUCCCUAGCAAAUCAGCCAUGAGAGCACCUGGAGAUGUACAGGGUGCCUUCUUAGCUGAAACCAUCAUUGAACAUGUGGCAUCUACUCUCUCUAUGGAUGCUAACUCCAUUCGAGAAAAGAAUCUCCACAACUUUGAAAGUCUCAAGUUGUUCUAUGGCACUUACGCAGGUGACAAACUUGGUUACACUUUGCCUCUGACUUUGGAGAAGGUGAUUAUAUUGUCGAAUUUUAACCAAAGAACCAAAGAAAUUCGUGAGUUUAAUUGCACAAAUAGAUGGCGAAAGAGGGGUAUGUCAAUUUUGCCCAUUAUUUAUGCAGUCUCUGUGAGGCCAACUCCAGGUAAAGUGAGCAUAUUAAAUGAUGGCUCAAUAGUUGUUGAGGUUGGAGGGAUUGAAUUAGGACAGGGGCUCUGGACCAAAGUGAAGCAAAUGACCGCGUUUGCCCUUGGUCGGCUAUGGAAGGAUGGGAAUGAUGAGCUAUAUGAGAAGGUAAGGGUUGUCCAAGCCGAUACAAUAAGUAUGGUCCAAGGAGGGAUGACAGCAGGGAGCACCACAUCUGAAUCGAGCUGUGAAGCAGUUAGAGUUGCUUGUGAUGUUUUGGGUGAAAGGCUUUCACCAAUAAAAAAGACUUUGUUAGAGAAAGCACAAGAAGUUUCAUGGGAUGCUCUCGUUAAACAGGCAUAUUUCCAAUCAGUGAACAUGUCUGCUAGCGCCUACUGGGUUCCUGAUUCAAGCUCAAAUGAAUAUCUAAAUUAUGGUGCUGCUGCAAGUGAGGUGGAAAUAAAUCUUCUUACAGGAGCUUCGACGAUUUUACGAACUGAUAUGGUCUAUGACUGUGGAAGGAGCUUGAACCCUGCUAUGGAUCUCGGACAGAUUGAAGGAGCUUUUGUCCAAGGAAUUGGAUUCUUUGUACUCGAAGAGCACGUUGUGGACUCUGAUGGAAUGGUGACAUCUAAUGGGACAUGGACCUAUAAGAUCCCCAAUCUUGAUACCAUACCCAAGCAAUUCAAUGUAGAGAUGCUAAGCACUGGUCUUCAUCAAGACAGAGUUCUCUCCUCCAAAGCAUCUGGAGAACCACCAUUACUAUUGGCUGGGACAGUUCACUGUGCUAUUAGGGAGGCCAUUAAAGAGGCCAGAAAAGAUCUUCAUUCAUAUAAAAGUAGCUCAAAUGAAACUAUUGGGGAAGAAUGUUCAGCCACCUUUAGAAUGGACACUCCUGCAACUAUCGAUGUGGUGAAGAGGCUAUGUGGACUGGAUAAUGUUGAAAGAUAUUUACAAAGUUUGGUUCAUCACCACUGAGAUGCUCUCUCUCUCUCUGAUAUUGAAUGUUUGACGAUGUCUAUAUAUGUGUGUGACACUAGCUUGUUCAUUAUGUCUUAUCAUGAAUUAGAAUAAAAUUCGCAUUUAAUAUUAUAGAGAUGUUUAUGUAAUUGUA